AUGCGGAGACGGCAGCUCUCGGGGCUUGUCGUCGUUUUGUUUGGCUGUACAUGUUGGACUCGCUUUCUCAACUAUGCGGCCACCUCGCAGACUUUCAUCCCUACGCAGACACGCACAUCUCGUGUCGUUCAGCGGGCGAUGUUGGACCUAGAUGAGAAGAGGGGGCCGGUAGUGGACAAACGCUUCCCCCCGCCAGAAGAUGUCUUCAAGUACCGUGGCCCAAAUCCCAAAGUUAGGAGGAACCGGAGACCGAGUGGUAUUGCAACAGAGCAGCUGUCACCACCGAAGAAGGGUGGCCUCAUUCCGUCAAGAGGUUCCAGGGUCUAUAUACGUCACACGGGCUGGACCGUUCAAGAUGGACAGAUGUUUGACAGUUCGUUCCUCCGGACAAAAGAGCCAGAGAUGUUCGAAGUAUCAGAGGUGCUCUCUGCCUGGCGUGCCGCGCUGCUGGAGAUGCGCGAGGGCGAGAAGACCAGGGUCUGGGUUCCAGCGUCCAGGCCGACUGAGCUGGAUUGGGGCGUUUACAGCGAACGCGGGCAGUACCCCUGGGUCUUCGACAUUGAGCUGAUCAAGGUCGAAGAGGAUCCACCGUACUUUCUGAUAGCGCUAUUGGUGCUUCCCAUCAUUGCUGGAGAGCUGUACAUACGCAUCACUGGGAAAACGCCGGGCGAUGCACUCAAUGAGUAUUUAUAUGGUGACUUCCUGAAUGGAGUCUAG